UCAUUUUUCAACAAAAAUGACCACACUUGCUCAAAUUUAGAUAGUAGGGUUGGCACCUUAUUAGCCCGUGGCACUGCUAAGUUAGAACUUUUUAUCACAAAAUAGUGUGGUGGACUCUGGGUUUUAUGAAUCUGAUGUGUGCUUAUACCGGGAACGCGUUUACCCUCUUCUACAGAGCCUAGUAACCAAGAAGAACAGCCAAAGUGUCUGGUGAGUUCCUUUCGUGACCUUUUUUCCAGUCACUGCUGCGAGCUAAUGGCAUUGAACAGUGUGACAAAUGCUGCGGCGUGGGCGAGCAGGUGGAUGAAUGGCACUAGCCUGGCUGGGGAGAUACAGUGAUGCUGCGGGGCACUUCAAUUUACAUUUCCUAUCGCUCUGUCCGCAGCGCUUCUCCGCGGGCUGCCCGGCCCGUAGGACCCCUUGGUCAGGGGCUGCUGCUCGCCCGAAAGGCGAGACGGUCCGCGCGGCGGGGCUCUUCCCCCUCCCCACCCAAAACGUGCGUCAUCAGCCUGCGCCAGGACCGGGCGGUCACGUGUCCCGUGUUUAUCUCGGUUCGGCGGGUCGCGCGCGCGACCUCGUCGCUCUGGGCCGCGCGCACCUGCUGUUGCUGCUGCCGGCGGCGGCUCCGACGCCGUGACUCCCCGCUGGGAAGCGAGCGAGCGGCCCCACGGGGAGGGGCGCGGCUGGGAGACGGGACCCUGCCCCGCCAGCUUACAAUGUCAUUACCGGCAAAGAGAUGUGGUAGACCCCCUGUACUGUCCUGCUUGGAAAAGAAAAAGAGGAAGCAAAGUCUCGAUAGAAGAAGAGGGAAAACAAGAAUCUAUGUGGGAAAUCAUAUUGAUAGAUGGUUGACACUUAAGGAAAAAUUGGAUUUCAGAAAUGAUGCAGAAGUUGCAGGAUUUUUACUAGAUUUAUAUGACAACUAUGACCCAUUGUCAAAAGCAUCAAUAUGUUCCCUGCCUGAAGAUGUGAGAAGAAUUACAGUGAAAGGGGAAAGAGAGUUGCCAGAUGACACUUCUUUAAUAGCAGCGGAUGGAACGUAUGACAAUGAUGACCAAUUGUCUAAAGAAUCUACUUGUUCUGGACCCGAAGAUGUAAGAAUCAUAACUGUGAAAGAAGAGAGGGAUUUGCCUGAUGACUGUUCAACUGAGACUGAUGACACUGCUGUGUUCUUCGAGGCAACCACACCAUCAGUCGACUCUACUGAUUUCUUUUACUGCAAUACCAACAGUAACUGAGGCAUUCACAGUUGAGAUCAAAGGAGCCUCAAAUAGGGGACUCUGAGAGCCUAGGACAUUACAAUGGCAUUGCAUGGUGUGUCCAAACCCCUCGCUAAUAUGGUGAAAUAAACUCACUGGAAUUUCUGAAAGUGAGUCCUCUUGUGAUUCAGAAGAAUGUUUGGAAAAACUGAGUGAAUUGCAAAAUCAGUGAAGUGGAUAAAUUCAAGUACAUUCAAGUUGGCAUCUUAUUCUGACAACAGAACUUCAGUUUGCUUUAGAAAGCAGCAAGGAUCUAAGAUUGACUUUGUGAGACUGAUAUAUCAUGGGCUGGCCAACAAGAAGAAUAUCAAGCGUUUACAUAAUGGUGCUGAGACAUUUUUGAUCCCUUCUGGUUUUGCUGUGAGGAUGUUAUUUAUUAUGGAGAACUUAUUGUAAGUUGUAGUAUAAAAUUCCAUGUUAAUUGUCAAGCAACAAAUUAAAAUUCAUUAACUGAAACUUCAUUGUGGUAUGUUAACAUUAAUAAAGUGUGGAGUGUACUAUUUCAUUAUGGAAGUCCAUAAUGAAAACUGCAUCAGGGUCAGACAUGGCUCUUUAAUGGGAAAGAGAAACAGCAAACUACACCAAUACUAGUAGAAUAACUUCUGAUCAGCUUGAGAAUGAUGGCUUACUUUCUAUAACCUUUGAACAUUUUAUUCACACACAAAUAUGUGGUGACAGUGUUCAAAUGACAUUCUAGAAGCGGUGGUACCAUCUGAUCAUGUUUUCUUUCCUGUAAUUUUCCCCCCAAAAGUCCUCUUCCUAUGGAGCAGGUUCAAUACAUGCCUGGAUUUUCUGCAGAGAGGCUAUGCACUGAAUGAUGAUUUUUGAUAGCUAGUGAUGACAUGCAUGUGCAAAUACUUACUUUGAUAAAUUUCAGUGUGUUAAUUAUUUUGAUCACUCAUGUAUUAGUUUUCAUUUUAUUAAAACCAAAAUAGUGCUUUUUGAAUCUUUGAUUAUAUGUUUCAGUUACAAAGGCCAUAUCAGCAUCGAACAUCACAAUAAUUAUUAAAGCUCAAUAGAGUAGUAUUGAUUCUGUAUAUAAUUGAGAGUUUGUGUGUAGUUACUAAAUAUGAAUAAUCCUGGAAAAUUUUCAUCUGGCAAUAGUGAACUAGGUAUGUGUGUAUGUUCAAUAUGUGCAUAUAAAAUGGCUUGGAUAAAACUGUGAGCCUAAUUGGCCAAAGAGAAUGAAGUCCUAUAGUCUUCCAUCUAACACACUCAUGGGGAUUUAGGUGUUGAUCCUGUAUCCUUCAAGUCAAUCAGAGCUUUUCCAUUGACUUGAAUGAGACCAGGACCAACCCUUUAGAGACAAACUCUUCCAACUAGACCAUUACACAAAAUAUGCUAUUUUUAAAAGGCACUUUAGUUCAGCUGUUGUUACAAAGCAAAUGCUACCCCUUUUUCUUUAACUCUUCUUUUGCUGGCUUUGAAGUACGGUAACUGAGGAAAUUCUGUCUUAUUGAAUAAUAAUAAUAUAAAAUAACUAUUGUCAAACGUUACAUGGACCACCAACUUGUUGAAAUAAAACAGAAAGGGAUGGUAUUUGUUGGAAACUUUCUGUUGAGAAGGAAUGUUUUAGCACUUUGUAUUAUAUCUUUCUCUCUGUUUGUUCAAAAUUUUGUCCCUGGCUGCCUGAUGUUCAGUAAUGCAAGCCUAAUUGCUGACUUAGUCUGGCCUAGAAAAAAUGGCAUCUUUACUGGUGGCAGUCACUUCAAUGAUGAAAGAGCUUAAAGAAAGGUUUAGUCUUCAACUUAACUUUGUAAAUGGCAUUGUAGACAAAGGAUUCAAUGCUCAGUGUGGUCCAUCGCACCCUGAAGCAAAACAUACAAGGUCACCCUAGUGCACAUAACUAUAAAGAGAAUUUUGUCAGGGAACUCUGUCCCCAUGUGGUGGCUGAGCACUGAACUACCAUCCGCUCUUUCCAGACCUUAUGCAUUAUAAAUAUAUAAUUGAAAUAUUUAUACUGUUAAACUUAUUAUGGAAAUAGACUGAAAAUCACAUACACUUUAAAUCUUCAGUGUCAAGUUAAGCAAAAUAAUGGCCGUUUGGCUGAUGGAUAAUAUCUGAAUAUAGUAUGGUCCAUACACUGUACCUCACCUUACUGGUCAAUUUUUCUUAAAUUUCUAUUGUAGAAUAUGCACUUGGAGUUGAAGGAAAGAGUAGAUAUUGCUUCAUAUUUUCUUCUGGACUGUUACAAUAUACUGUGAUUAUCUCUAGAAGUUGAUACAUAGUUGAAUACUUUUAAGUAGCAGGUUUUGGAGGGUAGAAUACUGGACAGUGGUUUGGCCCAAUGCAUCAAGUAGAACAGUAAACUAGAGUACAUGUUUAAGUACGAGGGGAAAAAAAAAAUCUUACCUGGCUGUAAAAGUUAGUUCUGCUGUUGUGCUACCAGUAUAUUAAGUAGAAAAGAUUCAUGGUCAAAUGGCCAUUUGAGCCAAUAUGUAACUAGCCUUCCAGGAACAUUAAAUGUAAAUAUAUGACUACAGAGAACUUGUGAAAGGGUGGAAGUUUCAUCCAUUUCUUAGGUAUUAGUUUACAGUUGAAGUACCUAAGAAAUGGAUAAAACUUCCACCCUUUCAUAGGAUAGAUCAUCAGAAUUUUUUCUAAACUAAACACAUUUGAAGUGUUCCAUUUCAUAUGAACAGUUAUUUAGCUACAGGGCAUAGCCACCACCAGUAUGAUUUUAAACAGGAAAAAAAUGGUUUGCUAUAGAGUGUUGGUCUUUUGAAUGCAGCAUUACUGUUGCAGUUGCUUUCUGUAUAGCCAUAGGUCUUCUAUUUCCUUUACUGGAAUUCAGAAAGAGCUACUGAAUCUUUUAAAUGUAAGUGUUCUAGCUGUAUUUAAACUGGGAUACAUUUGGAAACCUCCUUAUAAAUGCAGGUACGCUUACCACUCAUUUACAUGGGAAUUUGA